AUGUCUUCGUUCUAUGAAGUCAUUGAGCCUGCGCCUGCAAGACUUUUAGAGUUUUUGGACAUCGCAACCAGCAUCGUUGGGCCGGAAAAUGUCUCGAGAGACCCUUCUUGGGGAGCACCGAACGGGCUUUACGGCGCCGACAACUACGGCGAUCCCUUUCCGCUGAGCAAGCCUCAUCAUGCAGCGGCAGCCGUGAGACCUGCCACCGUUGACCACAUUCAGAAAAUUGUCAAAGCAGCAAACGACACUCGAACGCCCCUCUGGACAGUUUCACGGGGAAAGAAUCUUGGGUAUGGCGGCUCAGCACCCGUUGUUUCGGGAACAGUCAUUCUCGACUUACAUCGAAUGACCAACAUCAUCGAAAUCAACGAGGAGUAUGCGUACGCCAUCGUGGAGCCGGGCGUCACCUUCAUGCAACUUCACGCUGAAAUCAGACGGCGGAACCUGAACCUGUGGAUGUCCGUGCCAGCUUUGGGAUGGGGCUCUGUCAUUGGAAAUGCUCUGGAGAGAGGUUUUGGCUACACCCAGGAAGCUGUGCACUACAAACAGCAGUCCGGCUUGGAAGUCGUCUUGCCCAAUGGCGAUCUUCUCAGAACUGGGAUGGGGGCCAUGGAGCAUAACAAGACUUGGCCACUCUACUCGGGGGGUCUGGGGCCGGGUGUGGAUGGUUUGUUCUUCCAGUCAAACUAUGGGAUCGUCACGAAGAUGGGAAUCCACCUUUCUCAUGCUCCUGAAGCAUAUACUCGCAUCCAAGUGGACUGCUUCAAUGACGAAGAUGUUGUCCCUCUUACGGGCGCGCUCACAGAGUUAAUGCGACGGCGCGUCGUUACCAAUCCGCCCCAGCUUUUCAACACCAUGACCAUCAUCACCGGGAUGAUAGGCACUAGCAAUGAGGUUACUGAAGCCCUUGGGCCGCAUUCGUCUUUGAAGCACCGUAUCCCGGCCGACAUCGUCGCCGAUAUCACCAAACGCCUCAAACUCCCCGCCUGGCGCACCGCAUUUGCCAUAUACGCGCCCCGUGAGGCGCAUGCUGGUUUGAUCGAGGCGAUCAAGCGCCGCUUCGAGCUUGUAAACGGCUCGAAGCUCACAACAGAGACGUUCACCGCUCCAUCAGGCGAGUUUCUGCGAGGCGAAGAUGUAGCCCCAGACUUCCUCCCUCAGAACGGCGUUCCCAGCAUUGAUCAUUUGAAGAUGCUCGAGGGACAUAACGGCGGUGACGGCCUCUGGCACAACUCUUACUCUCCCGUCAUCCCACCGUCUGGCCGUGAGUUGUACGAGUGGUACCUCGGCGCGAAGAAGAUCACCGAAGACAACGACCUCAACUUCGUGGCUGACUUCCAUGUCUUUGACCGCUACGUCAUCGCCAUCAACCUUGUCUUGUUCCAUCCUUUGGCUAAAACCCGAUUGCAUCCCCUUCAAAUGGCGCUCAUGGAGCAUACGCGGAAGCUUGGGUAUCUCGAGUACCGAGCGCAUAUCAGCUUCAUGGACGUGACUGCCGCCCACCAAAACUUCAACGGAGGUGCAUUUGGACGGUUCACGACAUUGCUCAAGGAUGCUAUCGACCCGAACGGGAUCUUAUCGCCCGGAAAGCAAGGAGUCUGGAACACGGGUGCGGGUCCCAAGUUGUAA